AUGUCGUCGCUCAAUCUCGCACGCCUCACCGUCCGCGCUUGCUACUCUCCCGCCGCUCGCCGCACCAUCAGCACAUCGCCAGCUUUGCGAUCAGCGUGGUCGUCCGGCCCCGCACCACCACGCCUUCCCAAGGAGGAGCAGGAAAUCUUCGACAAGCUCACCAAGCAAUCUACCGGUGCCUUCAGCACUCCCCAGCAAGCCCCUGAGGAGACUGUCGCCCAAGCCUCGCCCUCGAAGCCUCAAGUCAACCAAUCGCCUCAGAUCAACCAGUCGCCCGCUCUCAAGGCCGAUGGCAAGGGCGAAGAGCUGCACCCCAAUGUCCGCCGCGGCGCUCCUCCAGAGUUUGAAGGCGAUGUCAACCCUCAGACCGGCGAAGUUGGCGGUCCCAAAAACAACCCUUUGCGAUGGGGACACCAGAGCGACUGGAGUUACAAUGGCCGUGUUACCGACUUCUAG